UGCACCGCAGUCCGCCUCCUGUAGGAUUUGUGAGGUUAACUGCCAAUCGUUUGAUAUCAACAUCGGUGAUUAUUAGAGUUGGGUAAUUUGUCUGGACUUUAUCUAUCAAAAUACAGUUUUAAACCACGUCAGCGGCGCUCUCCUAGGAACGUCAGACCUGACUUGGUUUCUUCACCGGACUCUAUUCUGCUUUAUAUUCCGUUCACUGUCAAAAACACAGCAACUAUAGGAGGAGCGGGAGUCGGCUAUUUUACCUUCAAACUUUGUGAAGGGAUAACGGUUGCACCAAAUGUAGCCUGACCAAGACAUUCUGAGAAAAAAAGUAAACUGACCGUCGAUAAAGCUAUUUGGAAGUAUUGACGGCAGAAACCGGGUGCGGUUGAAAAACCUUUGCCACUCCCGUUGUCUCAGUCAAGAUUCAAUCAUCAUUGACUGUAUUAAUUGGACAUGCCUGAUGUCUGGUUCAAAAUAACUCAAAAACUCCAAGGAUUGUUCUGAGUCGACGAGCAAUAUAAAGAUUCUUCCAUAACUCAGGAUAUAGACCCACGCCCUGACUGGAGUUGAUUUAUCUGUGGAAGACCUGCUGCAAAUGGCUGCCCUGCCUGCGUUGCCAGGAUGGAAAACAGGAUUGUCAAUAGGAUGCGGCCUGAAAAAUAUCGGCAAGUGAAGAUGUCGCCUCCGCCAGUGUGAAAUCAAUGGGGAGUACUUGCUAUGCGAAGAGCCUUUGAACUUUUUGACAGCCGCACGUUUGGGAGGCCUGAUACCUUGCCUUUGAUUGUAACCCUUCCUGUGAGUGGAUCUAAAGUGGAUUGUUGCUGCUAGCGCUGUGGUGUCAUUAGCCUCUUUAGUGUGUGUGUGUGUGUCUACUGGUGUGGCAGAGGGAGCAUGCCCCUGCAGAGGCCUGGCUGUCUGAAGCUGUACCCUGCGGGGAGGGCCAUGCAGCCCCGGCUGGGCGUAGGCCUGGGUCUGGGCCUGGAUCUCACCUUCCUGCUGUGGAUACUGAGCCUAGCACAGCAGGCCCUGGUCACGGCCUCUCAGAAACUGGACGAGACGGACCCCGUGGUCACCACCGUCUAUGGCAAACUGAGGGGCGUCAAGAAGGAGCUCAACAAUGAGAUCCUGGGACCCGUCAUCCAGUUCCUGGGGGUGCCUUAUGCCGCACCCCCCACGGGCGAGAGGCGCUUCCAGCCCCCGGAGCUGCCCAUCUCUUGGCCGGAGGUCCGCAAUGCUACGCAGUUCGCCCCGGUCUGCCCCCAGACCAUCGUGGAGGGGCGUCUGCCGGACGUCAUGCUGCCUGUGUGGUUUACUAACAACCUGGAGAUAGUGUCUUCUUACGUACAGGACCAGAGCGAGGACUGCCUUUUCUUAAACAUAUAUGUUCCCACUGAGGAUGGUCCCAUUACAAAGAAACACAAUGAUGAUUUAGGUGAUAAUGACGGGGUGGAGGAUGAAGACAUCCGUGAAAGCGGCAGCCCCAAGCCAGUGAUGGUAUUUAUCCAUGGGGGAUCCUACAUGGAGGGCACUGGGAAUAUGUUUGACGGCAGCAUCUUGGCAAGUUACGGCAACGUUAUCGUCAUCACAGUGAACUACCGGCUUGGCGUAUUAGGUUUCUUAAGCACAGGGGACCAAGCUUCCAAGGGAAACUACGGACUCCUUGAUCUGAUCCAAGCCCUGCGCUGGACUAGCGAGAAUAUUGCUUUCUUUGGUGGUGACCCUUUACGAAUAACAGUUUUUGGAUCAGGGGCUGGCGCCUCCUGUGUCAACCUCCUGACCCUGUCCCAUUAUUCUGAAGGUAACCGUUGGAGCAAUUCAACCAAAGGACUUUUCCAGAGAGCUAUAGCACAGAGUGGCACUGCGUUGUCCAGCUGGGCCGUCAGCUUCCAGCCUGCUAAGUACGCUCGCAUGUUGGCCAAGAAGGUGGGCUGUAACCUGAAAGACACAGUGGACCUGGUGGAGUGUCUGCAGAAGAAGCACUACAAGGAGCUGGUGGACCAGGACAUCCAGCCAGCCAGGUACCACAUCGCCUUCGGGCCUGUCAUAGACGGAGAUGUGAUCCCAGAUGACCCCCAGAUCCUCAUGGAGCAGGGCGAGUUCCUCAACUAUGACAUCAUGCUGGGCGUCAACCAGGGCGAGGGCCUGAAGUUCGUGGAGCUCAUCGUAGACAAUGACAACGGCGUCCAGGCCAAUGAUUUUGACUACGCCGUGUCCAGCUUCGUGGACGACCUGUACGGUUACCCGGAGGGAAAGGACAUUCUGCGGGAGACCAUAAAGUUCAUGUACACGGACUGGGCUGAUAAACACAACCCAGAGACCAGGAGGAAGACCCUACUAGCCCUGUUCACUGAUCACCAGUGGGUGGCUCCAGCAGUGGCCACAGCAGACCUCCACUCCAGCUUUGGGUCGCCAACGUACUUCUACGCCUUCUACCACCACUGCCAGACAGAGCAGGUGCCCCCCUGGGCAGACGCAGCCCACGGUGAUGAGAUCCCCUAUGUGUUUGGCCUGCCCAUGAUCGGUCCCACAGAACUGUUCCCCUGUAACUUCUCCAAGAACGACGUCAUGCUCAGCGCUGUGGUGAUGACCUACUGGACAAAUUUUGCCAAAACUGGUGACCCCAACCAGCCGGUCCCCCAGGAUACCAAGUUCAUCCACACCAAGCCUAACCGUUUCGAGGAGGUGGCGUGGACGCGCUACAAUCAGAAAGACCAGCUGUACCUCCACAUCGGCCUGAAACCCCGCAUCAAGGAGCACUACCGGGCCAACAAGGUCAACCUGUGGCUGGAGCUGGUACCCCACCUCCACAGCCUGAACGAGGUCACCCAGAUCAUCUCCACCACCACCAAGGUCCCCCCACCGGAGGUCACUCCCAGGACACCAAAGAAGAUCCCUGUCAACACCAAGAGGCCUAACCCUACGCCAUUCCCCACCGAGUCUCAGGACAGUCAGAAUCAGCCCUUCCUGGUGGACCAGAGGGACUACUCCACUGAACUAAGCGUCACCAUUGCUGUGGGUGCCUCGCUGCUCUUCCUCAACAUCCUGGCCUUCGCCGCCCUCUACUACAAGAAGGACAAGCGGCGGCACGACGUCCACCGGCGUUGCAGCCCCCAGCGCAACACGACCAACGACCUGGCGCACACACAGGAGGAGGAGAUCAUGUCCCUGCAGAUGAAGCACACAGACCUGGACCAUGAGUGCGACGCCAUGCACCCACACGAGGUAGUUCUGAGAACUGCCUGCCCGCCAGACUACACGCUAGCCAUGCGCCGCUCCCCCGACGACAUCCCCCUCAUGACCCCCAAUACCAUCACCAUGAUCCCCAACACCAUGCAGGGCCUCCAAUCCUUGCACAACUUCAACACCUUCCCCAGUAGUGGACAGAACAACACCCUGCCUCACACCCUGCCCCACCCACACUCACACUCCACCACCAGGGUAUAGCCGGAAGGACGGACGCUGACACACACAGCACAUGCCAGAGCUCACACCCAUGUGGAAUAACCUCUACUCCUGUGAAUAUAUGAAGGAAAUUGGGAUUUUGCUGGGACGGGAGAAUAAUUUCAUUUUAUAUAAAAGAAGAAAUGAGAAGAAAGUAAAAAAAUAUUUGAAAUGAAAAAAUAAACGAGGAUAAUUGUAUUUCUGGUAUUGAAACAGAACAAGGUAAACUUCUCCAGCUACAGAUAUCAACUUUGGAAUUUUAUAAACGAUUGCUUGAUCCUGUUAUCUUGGAAAAGAGAAAAAACCUCAGUGGAGUCUCAAAGGAGUAGCGGACCGCUUUGUAAAUUAAAGAAAACACAUUGUUUUCCUGAGGCAUCAAACUGUAGAGUACUCUUUCUGGAGUCAAGGGGAGAUGCCGCUCAACCAAUUUAGGCAUGUGUUACUCUACAAGUAGAGGCAAUGUAAGAUAUGAUAAAAACAAUCUAGAGAGGGGAAAAACUCUUAAAGAUUAUGCACAAUGUAGACAUUUUCAAAAUGUCUUGAAUUCUUUUCAGCAAUUUAUUUUUGGGGAACAGUUUUAUUGUAUAGAACCUUUUUACAUAUCUAGAUAUGUACACAAAGCACCAAUGCUGUUUAAGUCGUUCUUGGGCGUCAAUACCGCAAAUCUGCCAGCAGAACAAAAACGGAGGGAUCCACUGGCUUUCUGGCAGAUACAGCUUCAUCACACAAGUGCUGUCUAUACCGAGAGCUGGAGGACAAAGAACACUGGAGAUUUUUAGCACGAAGCGCAUGACAAUUUAUCUGCUUGAUGGCUGUUCUGCUGAUUAAGUCAUAAUUAAGAAAAAAUGUCAGCCCCGUUGGAUUAGUUUGAAGGAACACUUCCGGUUGGCUUACAAACCCACAAACCCUCAUGGGUUAAGGUCAUGGGUCAUAAUUGGGGACAGCAGGGGAGGGUGGGCUUAUGGUAACUACAGUACAUACACAAUAGCUUGAGUGAACAUGGGUAUAAGGACUAGUUUUGUACAAUGUGUGUUGGUACAACUUUUUGAUAGUGGUGAAUCACUCGCUGUUUGGGAUCCCAAUGGAGGGACGUUUCAUUGUACCCUUUUGAUCAAUGUUAUUUGCUAUUACAUAUUGGGUUUCUUAUCACUGCUCUUGACUAGUUCAAGGAAACUUUAACGUAGAAAAGUAAUUACCUGCACUGUUUAUUGUUUUUGUUUUCCGUAUGAAUGAUUCCUAAACACAAAGAGGGCCCAGGGCUAUGAAGAAGGGAAAGUGAAGGCUAGGGAAUAGUAGAACCUUUUGGCUGCAUACAUUUUCUUUCCUUCUAUUAUCCUUUCAUAGAGUAUGUUCCGUAGCGCUGUUUAAAGAUUAAUGCGUAUAAAUUUGUAAUUGAAGCGAGGAGGCCCUCCGCUGACAUGUUGGAUGUGCCUGCAACCCAACAGCAUUUGGAGGAAAGGCGGGGUGGAGAGAGAGAGAGAGAGCAGGGGCUCCAGGAACUCCCAUGGUACACCUCUCCCAGGGAGGAAACGGUGAUCAGGCAGAUUCACUGCAAUAGAACCGCUUAGAACCGUCUAGCCAGCACCCUUGUCUCUCACAGAGUAAUUUCCAUUUGCUUCUGUUCUGUUCUUUUUUUAUUUUCUACUGAAGAUGCUGUACUGUAUUGUCUCAGAUUUUCUGGACUUUUAGUUGUUGUUGUUCCGUAGCAUGGUUUAUUCAUGAACACACGCCUUGGUGUCACAUUGUACAAGCCUGUCAGCGUGUUACCAUGACUGUCCCGCUAACCCCUAGGCAGCCCAUAGUGAAUGUUCCUGCCCUCACAAUGCCAGAGUGCAACUUCACUCUGCCAGCUAGCGCAGGCCAGGAGAGUAACAAUGUGUCAUACAAAUACAUACCAGAGUGAAUAGCUUAAAGGAGGAAGCCGCUGAUGGGGAAAAUAGUUCUCUAAACAGUCAAAAGGCCAACUGUACUCAAGCAGAGAGUGAAGACGACACAUACAGUAGUAAGAGACGACACAUAAGUAAGACAUAAAGUAGUAAGAAAAACAUUUGUCCUCCCAAUUUCCUGUCAAUAAAGCCUGGACAUAAUGUGUCUGCUGAGAGGAGACAGUUGCUCUACAGUCAUUCAAAGUAAGAACAUACCCUGCCAAACAAUGGGAUGUAGACAAGGUAUAGCUUUUCUGGGGGAGGUGAAGGAAAAUUAAAGUCCACAUGGCCCAAAACUAAAACGCAAGCAAUUUCACCAGCCUGUAUUGCAGUGGUGUGACCUCUAAACAAGGCUCCUCACUGGAGAAAUGACACAGUGGGAGAAAACCGCCCAGCGAAUUAAACAUGUAAUUGCACUACGGACAAAUGAUCAAGGAAUUGGAGAACAACAUUGGAGAGUUGGCAGGAGAGGCGAAUGCUAAAGAAGCACUUACUCUAGCACGCAUGAUUUACAUUUACAUACAUUUAAGUCAUUUAGCAGACGCUCUUAUCCAGAGCGACUUACAAAUUGGUGCAUUCACCCUAUAGCCAGUGGUGAAUGAUUGGGGAUUAAGAGGUGCAGGGAGAGAACUGUGUUCUGCUUCUGAAUAACAGAAAACCUCUGACACAGAGCCAGUCCUCAACAGGAUGUUCCCAUCCCAUGCUGGAUGAAAUUGCUCUUUGCUAAGAAGCUAUUUUUGUUUUUUUUGUCCAUUUUAAUUGAAAACAAUCACAGUAAGGUACUUAAUUGUUACCCAUAAAUUAUUUGAUUUUGAGAUAAAAAUGGCUGCAUUGGACCUUUAAAAUUUUAUGAGCCAGUGGUGAAGGAGAGCUUUAAGGGCUCUCCCUCCAGAUUUGCAUGCAGGACUUUCAGAAGGCGAGAGAAAGAAAAGGUAUACCUGAAACUAUAAUGUGACGAUGUGGCUCAGGCCUGACCUGUGUUACCCAGGCCUCGACAGAGGAGGGUCAAGCAUUGUGAAUGAAUGUAAUGCAAAGAGUGCCAUUUCCUCAAAAAAAAAUGCUACACAACAUCUUUGAGAUCUAUGAAGAUCUUUAAGAUCUGUAAAAGGGUGAUCGCUCUUUCAAAAUGUCUGUGAAAAGGGCGCUAUGUGAGUGGGUAUGGCAGUUAUAUUGUAGAUUUGUCACUUGUCUUUCUUUCUGGUUAAAUAGUCAUUACUUUUCUGGAGCACAAUACAUUAUUUUAAUAAGAUUAAUUAGCAUUGCUGCAACUCUUUAUUUACCCGUUAUGUUUGGUCAAUAGUCUGAUUUGAUGAACUUGUAGAGUAGACACACAGUUAAAGAAUGCUUGACUGAACUGAACUUCAAGCAACCCUGUACUCACUCACUUGUCAGGUGGUCUGUCACACACUGUUGGGUUCCUUUGCUAGGGCUAUAUAGGACUUUGUGUUGAUGUGUCCUAGACUUAAAACAGAAUUUCAGAAAUUUGACUCGCAGGUUUUGACCGUUUCAGUUGUUGUUUUUAAGUGACAGAGAUGAAAGAUAAGUAAUUUAAUGGAUUUUUACUGCUGUGCUUUCUGUGGUCUGUUGGGGCUGUGUGUCAUGGAGGUGUCAAUGGUAUAUAUUUCCUCUUAUCUGUAAAAAUCGCAAGCAUAUUUGGCAUUUCCUUUCAUGCUAAUCAGAAAUCAAUCUAGACUUGGUGACAUUUCUACUUGUUGGCAACGAUUAAAAACCAAUUAUGUCACCGCCUGACUUCGACAUUUGAGAGCAGGCAAGAGAUUCGGCCUUGAGACUGAGGGGAAUAAGCAUAGAGCUGUUUACCGUGCGUGGUUUUGACCAAAGAGCAGCUGAAAUCCUGUUUGAUAAGGGUUCGCAAUUUCCCAUUAUGGAGUAUUUCACAACAUCAAACACUUUUUCCUCUGAUAACCAGUCUUUCAUUUACAUGCACUGUUUGAUCUAUCUACUUUCUUAUCCCUGGGCCAUUUCUUGCAAGCCUUUUAUAACAUUAGAUAAUUGCUAUGUACUUAAGCAAUGUUUUAUAAAACCGUUGCAUAACUUUGUUCUACCUAGCAGCAUAUUUUGUGAAAUAGAUUGAAUAUCCUGUCAAAAGUGCAAAGCAAUAUGCUCUGAGAGUUGGCAAAACAAGACAGAAGAGUUGACCUAUACUAAUCCAGAUUUGAAUGACUGUGGGGGGCUAACUAGCAUCAUAUUUAAGUUUGAAUUGUUGGUUACAAAUGGAUGUUCAACAGCAAAUCAGCUACACCUCGAUCAUGUCACCCCCCUUUUUCGAGUACAAGGGAGUCACUACAAAUAAACAUACACUUCUAUGUGAGCCUGUGCAACUGACUCUGCAAAUAGACAAUGUACUUUGCAUUAUUUGUGGUUUGAUUUCUUUGGAACCUUCAAAAUAAAGUUAAUAGCCUCCUCCAACCCAACCCAUUUUAUCUGUAACGGUAAGGCUUCUGUUUGCCUUCAGUGACUUAAGUUUGUGUGUGGACAUCCAUGGCUUUCAUGAGCAUUUUCAAUAUCAUUAAUAAAUAUUAUCUUAUUUUUUAACUUG